GAAACCGAUUAAAUAUGGAUCAACUGUCGCGUUAUUUCACGUGCCUACUAGAAAAUAUUUAUCUAAUAAAGGGGUCAGAUAUCCAUAUAAUGAAGGGAUCAAAUAUCCACAUAAUCAAUACAUGGCCGUAUGUAAUGGUCAAGAAAUAGAUUACGAACAUGACCUUUGGACGAUUUGUGAUAUAAACGUUGGCGAUCCUUUAUCCAUUCGUAACAUUAUCGCAUUUAAGCAUAUAAAAACCGGCGGAAAUUUGCAUUCCCAUGAUAAUAUUUUUUUACGUGGGGGAACCCCAAAAUCAAAUCAUCAGCAAGUAACUAUUUAUAUGGAUGGAAAUUCCGACGAUUAUUGGAUUAUUCGCCAUCCUAUUUCUAAAGUCGAUCCAGAUCAUUUAAUGAGCGGAGAUAUUAUUAGACUCUUCCAUAAAAAUACUAAUAUACCACUCUACAGCCAUGAUGUCCUAAUGGAUGAUGGAACUCAAGAGGUUUCUUGUAAUGAAGACGGACGUGAAGAUAAUAAUAUGUGGUGUAUUGAAUUGAUCGAAUAA